ACUCUGUAGUAAAGACUAAGUUGCUUCUAAUUUUCCUUCACUCCCCUAUUGUGCCUAAUUUCAUAAGCCUUUAAAACCAAUGUGCAUUUCAGAAACUAUGAUUUGGGGGGUUCUCUUCGUUGGAGACUUUUGGCAUUAUGAUGUUGGUAGUCUUCCUUUAAAACAACAUGUAUUUUAUUUCUCCAAUAGCAUUCUUAUUGUGGACUCAAGCAGUGAUGAAGAAUUUGAGCCCUGUGUGGCUGGAAUGAGCACACAGAAUAGGAACAUGGACUAUGUGGUGAUUGACUCGGAUUCUGAUGAUGAAUACUUCCCUGAGGAAGAUGGAAGUAAGGACGCCGAAAGUGGCAGAGAUGAGAUUCUGGAAGUGUUAUCUGAUACUGAUGACUUUAUGAUCCAGGAGUUUCCAAUAAUUAUCAGUGAUGAUGAUGAUAGUAAUGUGGAGGGCCCUGUGACAACAGAAGAGGAUGCAGCUGAUGAGGGCCAAAUGGCCUCAGUUGAAAAGGAGAUGGAGCAGUGUGCUCUCUCUCUCUGCAAUUCAUCUGAUGAUACUGGUGAAAAUCUCUGCCAACCACCAAAUGCUGCUGAGGUUGAAGUAGAGAUUUCAGAUAUAAAAAUGUCAACUGAUGGAGAGUUUGUACCUGUACCAAGGAAAAGGAAAUGUAAAACCAAAAAUAUAUGUGUGACACCUGCUGUUAGAGGACAAAAGCGGGUUCAGCCUUCAAAGAAGAAACGCAGAGCAGCGCGACCUAAGAAGUGUGAGCCUAGGAACACUAACUGCAAUAUACCUGGAUGUUUCUUGCGUAACAUUGAAAAGUUAAAGCAGUAUUCUGGAAGACAAUUCAAGAAAAAUAAGGAUGAACUGGUUCAGAAAUUGUACACUCUGAUAAACAGCACUGUCUUUGAGAACAAGCUGCCAGAGAGACUGGAUAUCUGCUGGAAUAAUAAGAUGCUGAGAACUGCUGGCUUGUGCAGCUCUGGCCUGUUUCAUUGCCCGAAGGAGCGUUACACUAAGAUUGAGAUUUCUCUGAAAGUCUGCGAUUCUGCAGACCGAAUCCGGGAUACUUUGAUACAUGAGCUAUGCCACGCAGCCUCCUGGCUGCUUAAUGGCAUCCAUGAUUCUCAUGGCCACGCAUGGAGAUAUUAUGCCAGAAAAUGUAAUAAGGUGCACCCAGAGCUGCCCUUAGUCACCCGUUUCCAUAACUACAAGAUUAACUACAAGAUUUAUUAUGAGUGUGCUCAAUGCAAAACCAGGGUUGGCCGCUACACCAGAUCGUUGGACGUUGUGCGCUUUGUCUGUGCUGAAUGCAAGGGACCUCUGGUCCUGCUGCCGUUAACUCGGAAAGAUGGGACCCCCAUAAAGCCCCAUGUGAGACCCUUUGCCAAAUAUGUGAAGCUGCAUUACAAAUUAGUUAGGGAGCAGACGGAAGGCAUCACCCAUGGGGAUGUGAUGAGAACGCUCAGCAAGGAUUACUUUAUCUGUAAAAAAAAGAACAAACUUUGAGGUUAUGUGAGAGGGUAUCUGUGUGAGCUGAGUCCUCUACUGUGAAGCAGUCUUAGAAAAAUAUCUUUAUUUCUAUGAAGUUAUGGUUAAUAGAAUUUAAAUCCUUUUACUAAAGCUUUUAUUGUUGAUAAUUAUUCUUUAACCAAAGAUUAUAUUACUCAGCACUUUGUGCCCUUGACAGUGCUCAGAAGCCCUUUGGGCCCACCUUAUGUCUUACUUACACUCCAGAGUUGUAACGUGUAGAAUGAAAUGCAAAAUCAAAAUACAUUUUUGAGAGUGGCCAGCAGAGAGAAUGUGAGUAAUGCUGGAAAGGGAACACAUUUUAAAGGCAGCAAGGACUGCUGGCAGAUGUAACCUGUAACACCUACCUAGAAAUAAAAAGCAUGUUUCAUGAAUUUAGUUUCUCUUGCCAAUUGUUCACAAAAUAAAAAUAAAUAAAAUGUUUUCUGCAAUUCA